UUCAGUUCGACUACAUUGGAUCAAUUUCGAGGUGUACUUCACAUGUACAACGUGUCAACAGUAAAUAUUUUGUCAAGUUCGUUGACUUUUGACAAAUUUCAGUGGAACCUGCUAAAAACAUUCUUUUUGAUCCUUCUUUUGAACAUCAUCUUCAUCAUAGUCGCGUGGUUCCAUGAAGGUAAGAACAUCUGUAAUCUAAGAACAUUAGCCCAAGAUACAGAAGAACCGGAAAACAAGAUACAUAUCCAGUCUUUAACGUUCGAUAAAAUUUAAUGGCUGAUAAAAUUAAAUCGUUCAUUGCGAAAAAAAAAGCCGACGCCAAAUUUAAACUGGCCGGCCCUGGCCACAAACUAUCCGACACUUCGUCAACGAACAUCGUAGGACCAAGUAAAUCCAAAAAGAAAUCAUCCUCUAAGACGAACCCAACCGAAGCUACGAAACAAGCUGCACAGGCCGCCUUGGCCCGCAUCAGCCAGGAGAAGAAAACUAACAACUUUAACACGUCGCUUGCGGCCAUCCAGGCUCGGGUACGUAGAGAACUAGAGAGUGAACACAGAUGUGCGUCCGAUGACAAGUUUAUGGCUAAGAAACCUAAAGAGACGAUGCUGGAAGCGUCGCCUCAUUUAGCAGCGACCGGUGUGUAUUUUCGAUGCCCUCUUGUCAGCGAUGCGGUGUUGACGAAAGACGAAUGGAAGCCGAAGAUCCAAGAAUUUUUGUUUGGCCAGGUGGACGUGGAACGAGGCUUAACGUCGUGUUUAAUCAUUCAUACAUGCAACUAUAAUAGAGUUAAGGUGACCGAUUGUGUGUCGACUCUUUGCAAAUACUUGGAUAACAUUAUUGCUAAUCCUGACGAGGUUAAGUUUCAUAAAAUACGUUGCCUGAACGCCACUUAUAUGGAAAAGGUGCAACCCAUUCUCGGGUCGGCUGAGUUUCUGGAAGCCGCAGGUUUUCACAAACAGAUGAUAGACAACAACGGACAGUCAGAGGAGUCGUGGAUUUGGUCUAUGGACAACGUAGGUAGCCUGGACGUGUUAAAAAGCCUUCGAGAGACACUGUCUUCUGGAGAAAGAGUUGAAUUAGAAAUUGACAGGAACACUCAAGUGUUAUCUCCGUCACAAGCAUCUACCAGGAUUGAACUUCCUCAGGACUUCUAUGCGGUUUCUCCGACGGAAUUAAAAAGGGAACAGCAAUUGAAACACGAAAGUUUAGAGAAACAGCUGCAACUAAGAACAAAAGCAAUGCGCGAGAGGGACGAACUGAAGGAAAUCAGAAAAUACAAGUUCUGUAUCAUAAGAAUCCGCUUUCCAGACGGGCUUUACUUGCAGGGAACGUUCUCUGUGUACGAAAAGUUCUGCGAGGUUCUGGAUUUCGUGCGGGACAACUUGGAUGUGGAUGCACCUUUCGAACUGCGCACCGCCACCGGUCAAAGAAUCAGAAAUGAAGAUGAAGACAACACCUUAUUAGCGCUGAAGUUGGUCCCAGCGACUAUUCUGAUGUUCAAAUGGGACAGGGCAGUUGAUGAACAACUUAAAGCAUCAGGUCACAACGGCUUCCUAAGACCAGACGUUAUGAAGUUGAUGCAACCUCUAUGACUAGAGUCUAGCGCUAGAGUUGUAUGUUGUGUGAUUUUAUAAUUUAAAUAUACUUUAUAAUAUUUAUACACUUUGGAAUUUAAUAAAGAACUAUAAACAACA